AUGACAAUAUUCAAACAUAUUCUCUUUUUAUUUUUUAUUUUUGUUGCUCUAAAUUAUUGUCAAGUUCAAAAUGACAAAACUUCUCAACAAAAAAAAAUUGAAGAAGAAAUAAAAAAAGAACUUCAAGAAGAUGAAGACAUUGGUGUUGUUGAUUAUGAACCAUUUGAUCUUACAAUUGAUGAUUUAAAAAAAGAAUCAAGAAAAGUAACAACAAUAGAUGAACAAUGUAAAUCAUAUAAAGAACACUAUAAAUAUUAUUGUGUCAAGUCAUCAUUUGCUGUAAUGAAUGAAGAAAUAAGAAUUAUAUGUGAAAGAUAUGAUGCUUUUUGUCGUGAUCGUAUGCCUGCAACAGUAGAACAUAUUAGAAGACAAAUUGGUAUGUGGAGAGCUUCUGGAAUGCCAAGGAAUGCUGAAAAAAAAUUAGUUCAAUGUUAUACAAGUUGCCGUGAAACAGAUCCAAUUUGUGUUCAUGCAUGUGAAUGUAUCAAUUUACAAUGGAUUUUUAAUCAAGCAUGUGAAGAUGGUACUAGUGAACUUAAACAUUGGAAUUGUCAUAGAUGGUACACAAAAUGUAAGUCAUUUUGGAGACCAUUACCUGAUAUGACACCAUAUCCUAGAAAUAAAGAAAAUACAGCACCACAUCCUAUUGUUAGAGGAGUUCUAUUUGGAUAUGAUCCAAUAAAUAUUUAUAAAACAUUUAACAAACCAAGAGAUCAUGGAAUAUCAUUUUGGCGUGGUACACAAUCACAUUAUGUUAAUUGGCCAGAAGGUAAAUUGGGAACAGCAUCAACAUUUGAAGUUCCAUUUAUUGGUUUGGAAGGUGUUUAUAAUGCUGUUAAUGUUGGUUUCCCAAAUCCAUCUGCUGGUAUAAGAAAUAUUGUAGGUGAUGUUGGACAAAAUCCUGGUACAGGAAGACGUUUAUAA